AUGAGUCCCUUUCGACAAGACCGUGCAUCCCUGAAGUUGGUGCAACAUCCUAGAAUUCGUAAUCAUACUUAUUGGGUCCGUCACUCUAAAAAUUUCUCUACAGAUAUGUCCAGGAGGGCAAGCAACUUGGAAACCUUUAUGUAUCUGUAUGAAGCCUACUCAGAGAGGAUCACUCGACCUUCAAAUGUUCUUUCUGAAACCCUCAGGGACCUGGGAAGUUUAACAGAACAAUUGGGAACGUUUAUGGGUGGCUGUUACCACUAUCCGCCCCAUAAUGGGGAGUUCAUCAAACGAGAUGAAGCCGCUUCUGGCUUAGAUACAUGCCAAGUGAUAGCAACCUUGACAUCAAUGUUGUCUAAGACUGAAACAUGUAUGGAACGGGAGUGUGCGCGUAUAGUGCAUCUUAAUGAUCAAUUGAGGCACGCCAACGCUCCUGACAGAGCUGGAGGAGCUCCUCAAUUGAUGGGAUUUCCCCGACCCGCAACUGAAGCGCCAUCUGACAUACUCAAAGAGCUAACAAAAGACUCCCAGACCCUGAACCAUAUGUCAACCGUUCUUAAAGCUUCAGUAUCACUCUACCAACCGGAGCUGAUCACGCUUCAUGUACCGGGUGCGACAGUUCAACUCUUGGAGGCACAUACAGAACUUACAGAGCUUUGGAGAUCUAUGUUACGGGGCAACAACGAAUCGAGCGAACUCCAUCGAGUUCGACGGAUUAGGAUAGAGAAGAUCCAGAAAGGGAGGCAGUGCUGCAAUUAG